AUGAACCGCAAGAUGGACCUCAUUGAACUCGAUAACAGUGAAGAUUUAUGCAACAAUAACCAGACGGAGAUUGUAGUCAUGAAUGGGAUUGCUCAUAAUCCAGACUUGAGUUACUUGAGAGCAACAGCGACCUAUGGCGAGAGCAGCUCUACAAGCAGUAAAUAUGGCAGUCCAGAGGAAUCGUUUGGAGAAGAAGACGACGAUAAUAACAAUAAUGGUAUCACGAAAAUGAUGCGACGCAAGACCGACACAAAUAGUAAACGUCCCUGGACUCGAGAGGAGAAUGAAAAGCUUAUGCAAUUGGUCAAACAGUAUGGCGCGAAACGCUGGUCACUGAUUGCCAUGCAUUUGCCUGGUCGUGUCGGUAAACAAUGCCGAGAAAGAUGGCACAAUCAUUUGAAUCCUUCUGUCCGCAAGGACGCAUGGACGGCUGAAGAGGAUUACGUGAUCUUUGAAUGCCAUAAGAACGUGGGUAAUCAGUGGGCUGAGAUUUCCAAGAUGCUGCCAGGCCGAACGGACAAUGCUAUAAAGAACCGAUAUUACUCAACAAUGCGUCGUAUACAGAGGCAAUCAAUCCGAAAGAAAGGACCUAUGCGUGAGGGUAAGAGCAUUCGAGUCGCGUCAGUGACAUCGUCGCCAGUGCACAACAAUAACCAAAUGAGUUCUGCAUCGUUGCAGCGAGCUAUGAACGGUCUGCAAUCUCAACUUAAUUCUCAGCAGCUUGCACAACAACAGAGAGGGCAAUCCACGUUUGACAAGGUUUUCAUGGAUUUCCCUGGGAACACCACACGCGCGGAUGGCAACUCAAUGGUUGACUUUGACCGCUCGAAUAUGAUGAAUUCUUCUCUACAACAACCGACGACGGUCUAUUCUGUUAACGGAGGCGGCUACUCGAACAUUUUGAAUCAGGAUUAUAACUGCUCUAUGUCUAUGACAUCAUCUCCUUGCUCGAAUGCUGAUGAUAUGAACCAAAGCAACCAGAAUGAGACCUUUGAUUACGUGCCAAUGCAGACGUCGAUGCAACGUCUGCGAUCAUCGAGUCCUGGGCCAGUCGCGAUGGGCACGCCUCCUCCUUCGGGAUCGAUGAGCAUGAUGAAUUCACCGUAUGGCUCACCGGCAAGCCACAUGCACCAACACCAGCAGCAGCCUAGCAACUACAUGAUGGCGGGAAAUCCGUUUUCAAACAACAAUGUGCGUGCUGGAAUGUACUCAGGACCCGGUGGUCCUGGAUCCGUUCAGCAGUAUCGCCAGGUGGAUGCGACACCUGUGAAUCUCUCGCACAAGCGCGUCCUUGAUGUCCAAGGUUCGCAACGUGAUAUGUGGAAGAACGACAGUCCCGUGUCAGUGUCAGCUCCGAUUUUUCGAGGUAUGCCUGCACCGCAGCAGCUACAACAAGGUCAAGUUAGCGAAUACAUGGCGAUGCAGCAGUCGAAGCUUCCCUUAUAUAGGCAAUCUUCGAGCAUGGGUUCCUUCACGAACAUGGAGCAGGUGUGGACGGAUGAUGCUUAUCUGUGA